AUUCCCCUGGUGGACUGUGGAAGUGAUGAGAAGUGCAUCGCUGAUCUCUCUCUCAAAGCAGUGCCUAGUGUCAAUAAGAUGAUGAUCAGAACCAACAAAGACAAGAUCGACGUGAACAUCAACGUGAGGAACAGCAAGGACAACGCGUACAACACCAAAGUCAUCCUCAGCUUCUCCCCAAACAUCAACUACGUUAAAGUGGAGCCGGAGAAAGCGUGCACGCUGAAUCACACGAAGGUGGAGUGUGCGGUUGGAUACCCUUUCUUAGGAAGCAAUGUAGAGGAAGACUUCAAAGUGAGAUUUGAGGUGAAUCCCAAACACAUCCAGGACGUGAUUCAGAUCAACGUGACGGCCACGAGUGACAGUGAGGAGCUGGAGUCGACGCUGCACGAUAACUCGGUGCAGAUCUCCAUCCCCGUGAAGUACCAAGCUGGAAUCAUCUUCACUGUGCGUCCUAUGGAUGAACACGUGGUGGUGAAAGACGGUGAGACAUUUGCGAGUUCGUUCAACGAAACAAAGAUGAUCGGAGAGGAGGUCAUCAUCAGCUACACG